AAACAGUAGACGAACGCGGAUGUGUCCUUCCCGAGCUUUUGGCAAAUGACAUGCGAUUUCUCAGGUCCACUGCUGUAUUGUACAACUAUUUCUUAGAGUAGGGGGUUUCAUCAGACUAUUUUGUAUAGCUAUGCGACUGUGAUAAAGUCAGAACCCAUCCACUCGUGUCGUAUUACUGUGUGACAUUAACUUCAGGCGGACAUAAACGCCGAACAUCGUUAUUAACAACAACAACACUUACAGGUGGACAAAAAGUUGGGCUGCGACUGCUGGUACCAUGAUGGACUGAUUGUGUCUGUAACCAUAUGGGUGCAGGGGCAAUCAGAGGUCAGGAAACUCAGUGUGAGGACCGGGAUCCACAGGGUCAAGGGUCAGGCUGUGAUGGUCAUCCAGCCCACAUCUCUGUGAUCUGCCGUGUGGCAUCACCAGUAAUGGAGUGUGAAGGAUGCUCCAUCAAAUUUAGUCUGCUCAAAAGGAAGAAACAGUGUGGUGACUGUGGUCGUCAGUUCUGCUCAUCCUGUUCUGUCAAGGUGAACAGAGCUUUGAGACGCUGCUCAAAAUGUGAAGUGAUACUGGCUGGCGAUUUUACCAAACAGGAUUUACUGACCCUCAGAGUCAAGGACUUGCGGUUUUUCUUAAAGAAGAAAAAUAUUCCCACUCGUACUUGCACAGAGAAAGGUCAUCUUGUAGAUUUAAUAUUCCACAACUUCGCCAGCGCCACCCACCAAAGUUUAGAGAGGGAGCAUGAACAGCAUGUGGGGCGACUUGCUGAGCGUAUGCGAGAGGCUAUCGAUGAAGAAAGGCAGUCUAGAGAAGAACGGCAACGACAACAGGGGGAGAGUACUCCAUCAGAGGAGCAUUCUCCACCUGCAGAUGAGAGUGAGGAGGAACGUGCGACACGCUUACGCCAGCGACAAGAUCGCGAAAUGCGAGAAACGCUGCACAGACUGGCGGAGGAGUUACAGCAAAAUGAGAAUAACCGUGACGAGCGUCCAGCAAAUGUACGAGCCAAGCUGAGUGAUAUAGAGCGAGAAGAGGACAUAGAGUCCCUGACAGUCAAACAGCUGAAGGAGCUACUGGCCACAAACUUCGUGGAUUAUAAAGGCUGCUGUGAGAAGUAUGAGCUGGCUGAGAGGGUUCAAAGACUCUGGAGAGAAUAUCACAGUGACCUGAAGAGAGCUGAAGAGAUAAAGCUAGCAGAAGAUGUGCAAGAGACUACUGUAGAUGCUGGAGAGGAAGAGCUGUGUAAGAUCUGCAUGGAUGCGGCUAUAGAAUGUGUCUUACUGGAGUGUGGCCACAUGGUGACAUGUACAAAAUGUGGCAGGCGACUGGCAGAAUGUCCCAUCUGUAGACAGAAUGUGGUCAGGGUGGAGUUCGUAUUUUCCGUGCCUGAUGAUAAUACAGACCUCUGUCCAUACACAUGUAUAUCAACCAUUCUGUCAUCGAUGUUCUCAUCACAGUACAUUGUGAACUCAUCUAGUUACAUAAGGGGAAGAAUUUCUUAUAAAGACAAUGACACAAUCACAUGAAAUGAUGGUUUUGUUGGAACCUUUUUGCUCAGACAUAUAUUUGGUGUCAUUUCUGUUUAUCAAUGGAAUAUACCUGGCUCGCAUGCAUCCUAGAGUGUUUCAUGAAUAUACAUGUAUCGCAGAGUGCUUCAUGAAGGUACACUCAUGUAUCACCGAGUAUAUUAUGAAUAUCAUUUAUCACAGUGUUUUUCAUGAAUAUGCAUUACUUGUAUGAGAGUGUUUCACGAAUAUACAGGUACAUUUACAUGUAUAACAGUGCUUCAUGCAUAUGCAUGUAUUUGCAGUAUGUCUCAUGAAUAUUAUGUAUCACAGAGUUUUUCUUGAACAUACAUUGUGUACAUUGCUUUAUAUAUGAGUCUUGCAAGUAUGCAUGGGUCAAUGUUUUGUGAAUAUGUAUGUACAGUGUAACAAAGAGUUUUAAUGAAUAUACAGGUAUCACAGUGUUUUAUGAAUAUGCUUGUAUAACUGUUUUCAUGGAUAUACAUGUAGUAUUGAGUGUUUCAUGAAUACACUGUACAUGUUUCACAGUGUUUCAUGAUAUACUUGUACAUGUUUCACAGAGUGUUUCAUGAAUAUACUUGUACAUGUUUCACAGAGUGUUUCAUGAAUAUACUUGUACAUGUUUCACAGAGUGUUUCAUGAAUAUACUUGUACAUGUUUCACAGAGUGUUUCAUGAAUAUACUUGUAUCACAGUGCGUUUAAAGUUGUUAUAUGUUGUUUGCUGUGAAAUACAUGUCAGUGAUAGCAGUAUGAUUUAUUGUUUAUGAAAAAAAAAAAGUAUUUUUGUCUUCUAAUUUUGUGUGGAAAAUUGACAAAACUUGAAAAUCUUGACCCCCAAAGAUAAAGUAUAUGUAUAACUGGAUUCAGGCCUCCAUGUUUAUACCAAAUCUAAGUGUGAUGCACUUUGUCUCUCCAUAUUUCUGUCUGAAAUCAUUACCAUUUGUCAAAUAAUGCAUCUUGUACAGUUUUAAUUGGAUUAUCAUGAAGCUUUUUAGGCAUGAUGGAAACCCUGUGAGAAUGAGCCUGUGCCCUUCAUGUAGUACUGCAUCAAUUACUUCUAGAGUAUUUGCUCAUUAAACAUACGUUACCAUAUAGAAUGGUGA